UGAAGUUUUGUUUCUGUCAAUGUCUGGCACAUGGCAACCUUGAACAUGUGGUUGAUCUCUAUUGUAUUUACAUAUACAGCGACUCUGGUAUUAGUCCACUCGGGAGAAGCUGCAAGUAUCCACGCUAGCAAUAAGUCUUAAAGUGUAUUGGAAACACUGAAAUCACAUCCCCUGCCCUCCAUCCAGAUGGAAAUAAGAGAAUAGAUGGCUUCCUGAGAGGACACCAGAGCUCCUUAGAUUUAGUAUUUGCUUUGUCGUAGCUUCUAGGCUCUGCACUGCAUGAGAUGACUCAGCUGUGCAUUUAUUGUAUGAUUUUACCAAAAUAAAAGUUUCUGAUGCAAAUUCCUUACAAUCGAGCAUGAUUUGUUAAGUGUUUCAUGUAGCAGAAAUUCGGUCAAGCAUUUGUAAUGGCUGCUCCUCAUGUGAUCUAAACUCAGUGGAGUUGUUUGACAUUUAGUUGAUGCCAGUUUAUUUACAAAAUAGAAACUCUUUCUUUACUUAGUGUCCCUUGUCUUAUUUCCUCUGCUUACAGUGGGCUUUACAGUGAUGCUGCAUUUGCUGGUACUUGGGGACUCAAGUGUUAAUCAACUCUUGUUUUUUUUUUUUGCUCGCCCCAGAUCAUUUCCGCUGUCAAAGUGAUAACAGACUAGUAGUAAAGGACUAGACUGACUGAAAAUAUGUAUAAAAAUAUACAUAUUGAUGAACUGCCAUUUGUAUAAAACAAUGUAAGAUUACUCAAAUUAUUAAAUGAAGCAUUCUUCCUAAAAGGGCAGGUGGUAGUUGGAACGUGUGUCAGAUGCUUUAGGGUGAACUGUGCCAGUAGCUCAACUAAUGGUGUCAAACUUCACAUUCAAAUGAAAUAAAAUUAAACGCCCCAAAACACCAGUUGUUUCAUGGUUAAAUAUUCUGAAUCUGACAUGUGGUGUUUUAUUAAUAUCUUUAAGAAAAUUGUAAUAAUAUACAGCAAAAUAAGACUUUGGGACUGGACAGUGAUUUUAUUUUUGUGCUGUAUAAACACAUUUUUGAUAAAUCCUUACGUUUACCAAUAAUUCAUCUUAAACAUGACACUGCUGAAGCCAGAUGAGUCCUAUUUAAAAAAUGAAAAAUUCUGUUAUUUUUUCAAUGUGACCCCAUUGUCCCCUAACAUGAAAUCCAGGUGGUAGAAGGUUCUCCAAUGAAAGGUGUUAACAUACUUGCAGAUGUUUCCUGAAACGUUUACAUUAUGGUACAGUAUCUCAUGACCACCGGUUUAUAUAAGAAGAUUGCAGCCUGUAAUCUGUAUGUACUAUUGAGGCCCAGCGGGUCAUUUCUACUCGCUUUGAUUUCAGAGUACUGCUUUAAACGCUUAUAAUCCCAGGAUUUUUCUGCCAUUAAGUGAUGGCUGUCUGAAGGGGAGCGCUGAUGAUAGUGGAUGUGUGCACAUACAAACAUUCAUAUUUUCUCUUGGAGCGAAGCAGUACAGACAUAGUCAUGGUGGGCAAACUUAUGGAUUAACUUUUAUUAGUUGUCUGUGCAGGAGAACCUUUACUGAACAUGCUUGACAGUGGAAAUGCUUAAGUUAAUUUAUCUUAAAAAUCCACAGUUGAGAGGAACCAGUGAUGCGUUUCAUCGCUAUUGCUGUGUACUUCCUCCUCCUCCUCCUCCCUCCUCAUGCCCUGGCCCUGUGGGCCUGCACGCGCUCUUGCCCUCCCAGUUGCACGUGUUCUCAGGAGAAGCGCUGCAGUGUCCUGUGUGACCACGUCAACAUGAUGGACCUGCCCAAAGAGUUCCCCUGCGAGGCAUCCUCCAUCAACCUGGACAAGAACAGCAUCAAGUUUCUGUCCGAGCGGGCCUUUGGCACCCUGCCUUCACUCAAGACACUCUCGCUCAACCACAACAACAUCUCCUUCAUCACGCCGGGAGCGUUUAAAGGGCUGCCCAACUUGCUGGAGCUCAAGUUGGCCCACAACGAGCACAUCCGCUACCUGCACACUCGCUCCUUCACAGCAAUCAAACGCUUGGUGCGCCUGGACCUCUCUGACUGCAACCUGUUCAACAUGCCAGACCGCAUCUUCCUGGAGCAAAUCUUUCUGAAGGAACUGCUGUGUUUCCAAAAUAACUUUCGACGUGUUCCCGGGGCCCUAAGGGGGAUGGAAAACCUCACACACGUUUACUUGGAGCGCAACAAGAUUGAAGCGGUGGCCUACAACUCUUUGUUGGGCCUAACCAACCUCAAGUACCUCAACUUACAGGAGAAUCGCAUAAAUGUGAUACAUGAUGAGGCCUUCAAAGAUCUAGUGCGUCUGGAGAACUUCUACCUGAACGAUAAUCUGUUGGUCGACUUGCCCCAGCAGGCUUUCAAGGGCCUAAGCAACAUAAAAACGCUGAAUCUGGGUGGGAACGUGUUGACCAAUGUGUCCAAAACAUGGUUCAGUGACCUGGUGGAGCUGGAGGUGCUGUACCUGGAUCGAAACCGGCUGUCCUAUAUCGAGGAGGGCGCCUUUGAGAACUUGACGAGCCUCAUCACGCUGCACCUCAACAGCAACAAUCUGACGUCUCUGCCCUUCUCUGUCUUCCAGCCCAUCUAUUUCAUCGGCCACCUGUAUCUCUUUCGAAACCCCUGGGAGUGUACCUGCGACCUGGAGUGGUUGAGGGAGUGGAUGGAGAGUUAUAAGUUGGUGAGGGACGUUCCAUGCGCUUCUCCAUCUUCAGUAGCUGGCUUGGACCUGAGUGAAGUUGUCUACGCCCACCUGAACGCCACCUGUCUGGAUCCCCCGGAGCUCAACCUGACCACAUCUCCUCCUGAGUAUUCCACCGUGGAGAACAAGUUCAAUAGCCUCAUCUCCAAGCUUCUACAGCAGGAACUGAGGGAAGAGAUGGUCAACGUCACGGAUGGUCUGAGGAACGGCACCCAGCAGGACCUCGCUGAGAGUCAGGUUUCUUCUGGACAUGGACUGUUUGGUGCUCUUCCGACUGUGUCUCUUCUUGUGAUUCUUUUUCAAGUCCAGAUUGACUGCAUGAAUGCCUCUUGAGAGUCUGGUGAAUACCAGAAGGGACUGAAGUGCAUCCAAGAGUGGAAGUAAUUUUCCAUUAUGGGAAAUGUUUGGAUUUAAGACCGUGAUGAAAUGUUUGAUCUAUCUUGCCAUGGGCGGUGGUUUUUCUCAUGUUGAAUAUGAAAUUCUGGCGGAUAUAAUGGAGUUGGAGAUGAUCAUCUCUUUAAAUGAAUGGAAACUGGUCUUGAAGGGAAAGGAGCAUGUUUUAAGCAAAUAAGACUAAAGGACUUUUGUUUUGCCAGUGCAAAGGAUUCAUUAAAGUGUAACUGAGGGCCAUUUUGUGAGAACUGCAACUAGGCACGACGGUUUUUGUCAUUUUUUUUUAUCUAGAUUUGAUUUAAAACAUCUUAACGCGUCUAUAGUAUGAAUACAUAGUACAUAUUCUGUUGCAUAACUUUGUAACAUUUGUUGUGUAGGAGAUUUAUCUGAUAUAACUUCUCGCUAUCAUUUCACCAGAUGGCAUAACACGCUGUCCUCUUUGUUUGGAUCAUUGAACUGGGUAAGGUUCCAGUUCUGGAAAAUGCAUUAGUCCUCCUAUUCUGUAAAGCUUAAGUGCACUCGGUAACAUAAGCUGCUUCAUAUUGUAACCAAAUGGAUUGGCUUUAUCACGGUGUUUCACAGUUAUAAUCAUAUAUCUUCACUAUACAGAGCACAACGUGCACAGAAGGAUGUUGUCAUAUUCUGACAUAGGCUUCUGAGCUACUAAAUAUAAAAUAUUUGAGGAAGAGACCUAGUAAUUGUGCUUUAAUACUGAUUUUUGUUCACUUGUGAUUGAGAUACUUUGAAUAAACUAAAAUCAUUGCAUAAAUAGUAAAAUGACUCCCAGGUGCAAAGUUUUGAAAGUGUGCUGUUGAAUCACUGAUGAAUGUUAAACAUUACAGUGGAAGUCUGGUAGUACUUUCACACUGAACA